UUCCGAGAAGAACGAGGUGAAGACAUUCAAACUGCUUCAUUCUUUAAAAAGAGAUAUGGAAAAUCCAACUUUCAGGAGGUGCCCGAAUGGCACCCUCCUCAUGGGGGCCUCCAGCGAGGCCCAAGCCCUUGGCCGUCGCCCGGUCGCCACUGUCAAAGCCAAAAAGCCGGAGGAGGUGGAUGCAGAGGCCUGGGCCCACGUCGCCUCCGAGGGUGGCGACACUGGAAACGCCACCCUCAUCCUGAGCCGGUGGAAGGUCCAGUUCGGCAGUUACCAGGGCAAGACCUUCCACUGGCUGCUGGAGAAUGACGUGGGCUACGCCGUCAACCUGGUUGCCUCCCACCAGAAGGAGCGAGAGAGCACAGGGUCUGAGUCCCCGCUGAUGGCCAACAAGGACGCACUCACCCGCUACUCCUCAGCGUACCCUGACUUUGUGGAGGCAGUCAGGUUCCACAGUGCGUUUGAGGAGGCGCGGGUGAAGUCCCUCCAGCCUGGUCAGGAGGGACAGGCGCUUGUUGGCUUCGGGGACUUCAAAUUCGAGACCCUGCAGAGCCUGUACGAGUCUGAGGACCCCAUAAAAAUCCGAUUUGUCAACUACCUGCGGAGGAAGGCGCCAGCUCCGGGCACGCAGAUGGAGAACGUUGUCCGCUACGUUAAGAAGAGGGACAGACAGAGAGCGAGUGCUGCUACUGCAUCCACCGCCAUGGCCACAACUGCCACGGCCACAACAGCCACGGCCACGGCCAUAACUGCCACCGCCAGCAGCAGCUCAGCCUCUGUCUUGGCCGUGAGCCAGGGAGCCAGGAGUGCGUCAAAGCCUCUUGGUUCUGCGCUCACGGCCUUCGUCUGCGGGCGGCGUUCUCUGUCUGCGGUGGAAAUGCAGGCAAAAAUAAAGAAGCUGGUGGCCACUCAGCCUGCAUUUCCAGCCUCCUCCAGACCAGCUCUUCCCUCAGUGUCAUCGGAGGAGAUCUCGGACCAAGAGCUGGUCAGGGCAGUAGUUGACAUAGAGGAGUCCUCAGAAGUACAGGCCCCUCUCUCUCUCUCGCCGCCGCAUCGAUCUCCACCUCCACCUCCACUUCCUGUCCCGGCAACUGCAGCCAGGCCGCUGCCACCGCCUGCCCCGGCCGCCCAGACCGCCCCUGCCCCGGCCGCCCGGACCGCCGCUGCCACCGCUGCAACCCUGCAGGCCCCCGUGGAGCACAGUAUGGAGGAGUUGCCCGCACCAGCCGUCCUCCCUCCCCCACAACCUGCUGGCUGUGCUGAGCUGCUUCCAGUGUCCUGGCGGGCAGCUCUCACAGUAGAGCAGCAGCAGUGGAUCGGUCAGGUGCUGUUCACCAGGGACAGCUCGGGGAGGCCCCGGCUCACCGGUGAGCUGAGCCUCUGGUGGCACCCUCCCCAAGCCCGGCCGAUCUACAAUCAGCCUCCCGCGUCCCCCAACCCCUUCUUCGCAUGUCGGCUGUUCCUGUGGAUGCCGCACCGCAUGUGGUGUCUGCAGCUGACAUGCCCCCAGCCUUCGUGCACCGGGUCCAUGACGAAGGCUGGGCUGUACCGGACCAUCCGGAGGGUCCUGGACAUCGACGGCUGGUAUCUCAUGGCCACUGAGUACCUGGAGUGCUGUCGAUGCAAGAAGAAGGUUGGCGGGUGGUCACAGGGCAUCAUACGGCAGCUGUCCCCCACCUACAGCUGCCAGUUUCCAGCCAUACUUACAUACAAGUUGUCCUGUGACCUCAGGGUGGUUCAGCAGCUGAGGUCUCGCACUCUGGGCAACAGUGCUACCCGGCUGUACAACACCCUGCGGGAGGCGCACUCGGACUCCUGGAUGCGGAAAGCGAUAGAGUACCUCGGCGUGUGCGAGCAGUUCCUGGCCUUGAGGGGGCACGUUACACCGCCGCCCCAGAUGCCCCCUGUGCCGUCACCCGUCUGGCUGCUGACGGUGUACGGUUACGACGUCCUGACGCGGCUGGAGGAGUACAAGGCCAGGAUCACGUCCACCUUCGGAUCCAUCUUAAAGAUGGAUUCCACCAAGAAGGUGACGAAGAAGCUCGCCGGCGCCGCCUCAGACACGGCCGCCUGCGUUACCAACGUGGGUAAUGAGUACGGGCAGGUCCUCAUGAGCGUCCUCACCUGCUCCGAGGGCACAGAGGGCCUGUCCAGGAUGGCGGCCGGACUGAUGAGGCGGUACCGACUCGCCGGGGUACCUCCCCCUCAGCUGAUGUACGUGAACCACGACUGCUGCAGGAGAGACGGCCCGUCCAAGACGGCUGCCUUGUUUCAUGAGUGGGGACAGCUCGUUGUUCGGCUCGACAUCUGGCACCUGAUGUGGCGCUUCGCAUCGGGUGUCACCACCGAGAGCCACGAGCUGUACCCCACCUUCAUGAGGCAGCUGUCUGACUGCAUCUUUGAGGUGGACCCCGGAGAUGCGGGCCGUCUCAUGGAGGCCAAGCGGUCCCAGCUUGAGGGGAGGCACGGGACGGUCGCCCUGACCGACGCCGAGGUGAUCCGGAGGAUCUCCAGGGAGGAGUGGAGGCUCCACUGUCGUCGGAGGACACGUGGGGCGGAGGAGACGACGCUCCUCAUCCAGGAACUCCUCAACACCUUCGGUGGACCGGCAGGACGCGACACCCUGGGCGUCCCGUUGCUAGACGCUUUCCGCAUCCAGGACAUAUGGAGCACGCAGAGGCGCCACAUCAGCUGCAUCCAGGACCCAGCGGGAGUGCAGCUGUACACACAGACCGGCAGGCUGACAAAGGGCGGGUUCAUCCUGCCGGUUUAUCGCUGCGCGAGGGGCUCCACAUCUCUGGGGUCCUUCCACCUCCACCUCAACCGGUUCAUCCCAGGGAAACGAGCAAGUGCCAAGUACUUUCAAGCGUUCCUGGUCGAUGGACUGGUGAGGUGGAACGAGGACCGCGCAGCCGCAGCUGCACCUCCGUCUGCAGCUGAGGGACAGGUGGCGUCUCUGCACUCCUACAGUGGCCACCUCAAGCACGUCCUUAACCUGAAGAGCCAAAGGGUGCUUGGCCUUCAGAUGGUUAAGGACUUCACCAAGCCUGCUGAGUACACAGGAGAACUCAUCGGGGUGGAGUUCCUGUUUGCCCAGACAGGCAGAGUGCUUGAGGACGUCAGCGUGGACCCUGACGUUCCGGACGAGGCCGCCGCCGUCGAGUUGCUGGAAGAGGUGGAUGAGGGUAUGGAGGAGGAUGUUGAGGACCCCACCGUCUUCGGGCCGGAUACCCCAUCCACCAGCGCGGCGGCCCGGUCAGGUGAUCCAGCUGACGCACCCAGGUCUGAGCCAGCGGCCUCACACCAAGAUGCCCCUCCUGAGGCCCCUGAGGUUCAGGCCCCUGCUCUCCAGCCGCCUUCUUCAGACUCUGAUGGGAGCGGCAUGGUCCCUGCUCCAGCUUCUGCACACGGGACCGCCCCCCCAGCGACGGGGCUGUCCUUGGUUCAAGUGGGACAAGGACAGCCCCUCACCUGUCACAUCCCAGAGGAUCAGCCUGGGCCCCCUGGCAGGGGUCUGCCUCCUCCUCCUCCUCCUCCUCCUCCUGUUGAUGAGGAACAACCACGGCCCUCGUCCGCUGCUGGCGCCCCUCCCCUCGCCCCGCUCCAGUCAUCUGCUCCACAGCCGCCUCCUCUUCCUGGACGUGUACCAAGGACCACCGCCUACAGGAAGAGGAAGGCGGCCGAAGCCUCAGCUACGGGACCAGAGCCGCUCCCCGGAGCAAAAGCCCCCCGCCGGCAGCCCACAUCGUACACCUGCAGCAAGUGUGGCCAGCCCAAAAGGAUCGACACUGGCCACACUCGCAUAGCAGGUGUGUCAUACUGUGCGGCUGUCGGCGGAAAGACUGUAGAAGAGUGGAGGGAGGAGAUGAAGAAAAAACAGAGGAGGACCUGAGGGACUUUUUUUUUUUUUCUUUCGUUUGUUCCCUCUUUUUAUGUUUUUAAAAUCUGUAAAUAAAUAAAUUAAAUAGUUCACUCUGCA